CAGUCUACGCAGAAGAUAGCGGCAAAUUCACAACGAGAAGUAAAAUGUAAACAAAAAACUUAUCUCAGACUAUGGAAGGAGAAAAUUCUGUGGACAUAUAUGCAGAUUUGUUGGAAGACAAUGGUCCUACAGAAAUCCAAGAACCAGAACCUCUUGAGAAGGUUCCCACAUCUGCCUGCAGUGGAGCUGAAGCUGUGGUUGGUUGUGUUGAUGAAUCAAGUCGACUUACAACUUUGGAUCUCUAUGAUGACUUGAUAACAGAUGAGAAUGUACAACACCAGGUCUCACACCAAGAGCUGAGUGAGAAGUAUCAGAGAGCCCUGAACACCAUCAGUGAUUUGGAGAGACAGCUCCAGACAGCUAGGAACCAUGAGAGCUUUUACAUGGAGAAGAGCCAGACCCUGGAGAAGAAUAUCUCCCUGUUGUACGUCACAGCUAAAGCAGAGUUACAGAGGAAAGACACACAGAUUGGUCAACUAAGAGAGGAUUUGAACUUCAGAAAUCUUUCAUACAAACCAAGAUGUCGUAAGUUUCCCAGAAAGGAUUUUUUCUCAGGGGAAGGACAUGCCAGAAGUAAUGGACAUAGCAGAAGUGUCGGAACCACUGAGAGAGACAAUCAAAGUGAGAAGGAAUCGUACAUGUCUCCACGGAAGAGAAAGAUAGUGAGCUCAUGGGACGAUCUGAAAGAGAAUUUUAAAAGACAGAAGAGGGACGAGCCUCGGCAUGUAGCACAAGAUGCAAGUUCCUCAAAAGGAUUACAUAUCUACUCUGAAAAAUCCAGGGAUGGCUUAAUAUCUGCUAGGAAACUGGUGGAGAAAAGCAUAAAAGAUUUGAGAAAUAGAAGAUCCAAUGAAUAUAAGAAAUCCUUAAAGGAACAUUCAGAAUCUGUGAUUGAAGGAGACCUUCCUGUAGGAAGUCCCUGUAAAGUGAUCUCAAAGCCUGAACCAACAGCUUUACAAUGCAACGAAAAUAGAGGUGGAUUGGAAAAAGUGAAUAACACUGAAACCACUAAAAGUGAACUCUCUUUUAAAGGUUUGAUUGACAGUCACACAGAAGUGGAAAAAUCUCAGAAUGACAAAUUAUCAAGUGAACAAGUGAGGUUAACCUCUGAAACUAAUUCAUCUUGUGAUGGCGGUAGUCAGUUAAUAUCCAGAGACAAGCCUAUAGAACGUUCUCCUUGUCGAUCAAGGAGAGAAACAAACAGAAGUGAGAAAGACAAAUACAGAACAUAUUCUGAGAAAAAGAAAUCUAGCAAUUCUGAGAGAUCAAGUCAUACAAGGCGAAAAGUGGAAGAGAAAGAAAAAGCUGCUACAAACCGAACUAAAGUGUCAAGUGUAAGUGUUAAUUCAUCUAGAAGACGAACACCUGAACGUAGACGAACGCCGGAGCGUUCAAGGAGAAAUUCCAAAAAUGUGAAAGAGGAUGAACCUAAAAGGGAUACAGAAAGGAGGGCAAGUAGUGAUGACUUGAGAUUUAAACUUCAACAGAAGAAAAGACUUAGAUCCAAGGAGAGGGGGCAGGAAAAAAUAUCAGACAGUGAAAAAGAGAAGAUUCCCGCAGAGCAAAAAGAAAAGAACACUAAGCGAUAUAAAUUGCCCAGAACUGAAUAUGACCAAAAGGAUAAGCUUCUUGAAAGAGGGAAGUCAGGGUCACAAAAAGCUGAAAAGUUUAAAGUGCAAGAAAAACCUCAGGACUCAUCAGAUAUCGAGAAAGUUUGGUCAUUGGUCAAUUCAGAAUCAUCGAAAUACGUAGAAAAAAGUCCUAGUAGUAAUAACAUUCAAAAUGUUUCAGAUACAAAGGAAUCAGAGUCAACGGAGUGUAAAGAAGAGAGGUUUCUUGAAACAUCAUGGAAUAAAAAGAAAACUUUAUCUCCUAAACCAAGCAGUAGGCCUGUUGAUAAAGUGACUUUUCCAGAGAUAACAAAUGUCGAGGAAGCCAUGAUCAGAGUGAAUGAAGAGAAAAUUUCAAUGUAUAGUAAAGCAUCAAACAAAGAAGUAGAGACAUUAUCAAACAAGACUCUUGGUGCUUUUGAUAAAGAAACUUUUCAAGCAGGCAAAGAAGAUGCUGCAGAGCAUCUUUCAUUGAAUAAAACUCAGGGAGAAAAUAAUCCUGAUAAAAAAAUCUGUGCAAGUUCAGAUAAGAGUGACUUUAAAUCGCCACCAAGAAGGCAAGACAAUGAAUGUUGUGUUGCAGAUAGCAGAGAUGCAGCCAAUGUUUUCAUUGAAGAGUUGAUAUCAAUAGACCAGAGAAAGGAGAAUUUCUUCUCAGGUGAAAAAGAUCAUGAACUUGGGUUCACACCAAGUAAGUCAGUAUCUGCAGGACAUCAAACAGAAAAUGAAAGUAAAGCUGAGGAAUGUUACAAAGUAACGCCAGAUGUACAUGAAAAUAGUUUAAGCUGUUUUGAUAUUAAAAUCCAUGUGUCGGAAACAGAAUUGAAUGACUUGCUUGGAAAUGAGGACAGCUUAAGUGGAGGUAUUGCCUCAACACAGCCCAGUCACCAGAAAAAAGAAACAGUGAAAGAUUUGAAGAAGGUUUCAUCAAGGAGUCAGUCAAAAUAUUCAAGCUGUAUGGACUCUUCCAGGAAUAAGAAAGAGAAAAGUAGUACUAUUGCAAAAGAAGGCAGCCAAUCUUUAAGUAAAAGAAUUGAGCCUGAGAGACCAAAGGCAGUCUUGAAGCUUCCACUUGGUCCAAAGCAGGUAUUUACAGAGAGCAUUAUAUUUGAAAACACUGAGAAACCGAAGACCUUGAGUGAGAAAGUAUAUACGUCAAGUAAAGGCACAAAAAUAGUCAUGAAAUCUGAAGCCUUGAAGUCAGAAGAGAAGAAACCUGUUACAAAGAACAGUCUGUCCAAGAAAGAAUAUGAUGCAGAUCGUGAAUUCCUCAAUCAGUUGAAGACAAAGUAUUCUAAAGAGCAAUCAAAGAUAAGUCAAAAAUCUAAAGAUGUCUUAGUAAGUAACCAAUCUGAUUCCGUGGAGCUGUCAAAGACAUGCAUGAAACAGAAAGAUGACUUGAAAGUCAACGAAGUUUAUACUGGCAGCGAAGUGAAAGAGAAAUCAGGGUUUCUCGAAAUCUCCAGUGAGUGUGUGUUAAAAAAUACCAAGGAGCCUGGAAAUAGUGCUGGAAAAAUAGACAACCCAUGUACAUUUGAACUACAAGGUCAAGAUCUUACUCAGAAUUUAAAUAAGGGUGAAGAAGAGGGCAAAGCCAUUCAAGAUGAAGACAAGAUUUCAGAUAUUGAAGUUGACAAUAGUGUUGAAGAGGAAAAGGUUGCAAAAGAGCAAAAAUGGGAUAUUUCUGAAACAUUCUUGGGUGAGAAAUCUAGGUCUUUGAAAGUUAAUGAUUUGGGUGAUAUUUCUGAGGAAAAUUGUGAUGCAAAAGAAAGUCCAACAACAGAUAUGAGCAUUGAUGAGCAUAGAGGGACAGUAAAAGAACAAGCUGUUACACCAGAAAAUCCCCCCGUUUUGAGUUCUGCAGUGUCCAUUGAUUUCAUACGUAACAGUAUCAUGAAAAAAAUAGAAGAAAAGAGCAAUGUAUGUGAUGAUACUAGUGCUGUAAGUAAGAGUGUAUCAUCUGUGGCUGAACAAGUAACAGAUAAUGAAUCCCAAGAAGAAGUCGCUGAAAAAACUGUGCCUGUCAAAAAUUCAGUGAUUACAAAUACUGUUGAACUUAACACCGGCAAACCAUGCCAGGAAGAGGAUGUGCAAUCCUUCUUGAUGCCUUCUUCACCAAAUGGACAGAAAAUGGAUUCCAUUUGCAGAGAUGUACUCACAGAGACCGAGAGUAUUACCGAGUUUUUCGAUGAAGAAAGUCAACUAGACUUAAAAGGAGCUGUGUCUUUACGAGCUAGGGAUGGAAUCAACGUCAGGAGACAGUCGUUUGAAAAACAAAACGAAGAUAAAGAAGCUGUUGACAAUAAUUGUGCACCAGUGGAGGAAAGGAACUUUGAUGUUGUAGAGGCAUUCAAAACAGAAAAUAUUCAGCCAUCUUUGAGGGACAGUGAAUCAGAGGAAGGAGAGGUUCAUUCCUCAGAUGGUGAAAGUGAAGAUCUGAUUCACAAGAGAAAGGAAAAAGUAAAUAGGGAGGCAAAAAUCAGGAGUCUUUCAAAUGCAAGUGACAGAGAACCAGGCAGCAGAAAGCGACAUUCUUCUAGUCACAGACCGAAGUCGGAAUCAAAAGAGAAACAGAGAAAGGACAGAGUGGAAGAUAAGUCAAGAAGUUCUGAAGUAGAAAGGACUCUGAAACCUAGGACACCUAGGAGAGACUAUGAAAGAAAAUAUGAUCCAAAGCAGGAUAGAAAGGACAGAGAAUAUAGGUCAAAGGAAAAGUCUCCAUCUUCUAGGAGCAGCAGAGAAAGAAAAACUGAUGAAGGAAGGAGAGAAAAUGAUUCAAAACACUCAACUUCAUACCGACAUAGUAGGACAAGAAUCGAGGAAUCAGAUCGGCACAAGAGUUUGAAAACAAUUUCAGACAGACAGGAAAAGUCACGACAUGAUGUUACAGAGACUAGAGAAGAUAGGCAUUCUAGGUCUCGUCAUAGCAGUUCAGAAACAAAACCAGACAGACUUCCCAGGAAGCUCUAUAACAGCUCAGAUCCCAAGUCUGUGCAUAGGAGUUCAAGUAAAACAGCUCAAGAUAGCUAUAAAUCAACAAGGAGAAAAUAAUAUUUCAUUGGGAAUUUCUUAUGACAUGUUGAUACCAGCUACAGAGAUUAUUUUUCUGUAUAAAUAUGGUCUGAGUAGCUGUAUGUGACAAACAUUUUUUUCAUAUUCAUAAAUGUAUUGUUGUUUAUGUAGCCCAGCUUUAUGCAGCUAUAUUCAUCAGGACAAUAAUUUUAAACUCAGAAGUGAAAUUACUGUGUAUACAUACAAUCUAUAUUCAUAAUCAGCAACAUUUUUGUAUUUUAAGCAGUCAGUAUAAUUCUACUGAUGCAAAAUAA